AAAUACUUCACAUUUUUACCGAUUGUGAUUGUUGUCGUUUUUGUUGUACAUCUUCACAACGAACUUCUAGGUGCAGUCAUGUCUUACCUGCGGGGCUCGGCCAAUUACGUCUGGAACACCAGGGAUGUCCUUGGCAAGGGUGCCACCGGAGCUGUCUAUCGAGGCGUCCACAAGCAAACAGGUGAGCCAGUGGCUGUGAAGACAUUCAACCAGGUGAGCCAGCUGCGGCCGCUCGAGGUGCAGAUGCGCGAGUUCGAGGUGCUCAAGAUCGUCAACCACGAGAACAUUGUGCGGCUUCUGGCUGUCGAGGAAGAUGUGGAAAACCACAGUAAGGUGUUGGUGAUGGAGCUCUGCACGGGCGGCAGCCUGUUCACCAUCCUGGAUGACCCGGCCAACAGCUACGGCCUCGAGGAGCACGACUACCUCGUCGUUCUCCGGGACCUUAGUGCAGGCAUGAAACACCUUCGUGACAACAACAUCAUCCACCGGGACCUCAAACCUGGGAACAUAAUGAAAUACGUCGCUGAGGAUGGCAGGUGAGGCAUGUGGAGUCGCUG